CUCAGUGAUAAUCGUUUGAAUGAGUUGCCAAUCUGCAUCUGUGAAUUAGCCUCAAUGGAGACGUUGAGAGUGCGUUCUACGGGUCUUCGAUCAUUACCGGCUGCAGUUCAAUUGCUUGAAUCCCUCGUAUAUCUUGAUCUAAGUACUUUCAUUUUCAGUGAGAAUCAACUGAGCUCGCUACCAGUCGGUUUGUUUUCAUUACGUCUGCAAGUGCUUUUGCUCACUGGUAAUCGUCUCGAGAGUAUACCACGAGAAGUUCGACAUUUAGCUGAUUCAAUUCAUGAAUUGGAUGUAAGUUGCAAUCGUUUACGAACAAUUCCCGCAGAUAUUGCCUUAUUGAAGUUGUUACGUGUGCUAAAUUUACGUGAUAAUCAUCUUACACGUUUGCCUUCUGAGUUGUCGCGAAUGGAAUUACGAGUAUUAGAUGUAUCGGAAAAUGAGAUCGGUGAGUUACCCUCAGAAUUGCGUCACAUGAGCUCUCUGGUUGAACUGUGUACGUACGGCAACCCUCUGACAACACCUCCAGCUACGAUCUGCUCGAAGGCAAGGACGGGAACAUGUAUUCAAAUGGUUACGAGCCCAAGCGAACUGCUCGGAGAAUGUCAUGAUAACGGAAUCGACACCAUAUACCGUCGUAACGAUCGACGUUCACGUGCACCAAGAUUCAACACCCUCGGAGGUAGUGAUUCUGGUUAUGCGUCGACUGUCGAUGAGCAUCGUUAUUCACAUGAAGUAAGCACAGGAAUUUUUCAGUUGGAUUUUCAGUCCUUACGGAGUUGCUCGUAG